CAUUUCACCACCUUCGGUUAAUGUAACCGAAGGUGAUGAAAUUGGCCCUUAGAAAAAGUUAAAUCGAAUUUCGCAACUCUUUAAAAAAUUUGUAUGUCCGAGUUGUUUUUUUUAGUGUAUUUCCUCAAGAUGCAACAUGCGAUUCUCGACACACAUGUUUCUAUUAAAAUAUUUUGGAAUGCUGGAUAGAAAAGUGUGGAUGUCGCGUGUAACAAUAAGAGGGAGAGAGAGAAAGACAGAGCCAGCUAUUUUAUCCCACCAUAUCUCGAGAAUAUUGAGAACCACGUGAUCAACCAGGAGAACCCGCGUUGUCCGCCGAAAAUCUAAAUCCGUCUCAGCCGGGGAAGAAGAGAAGAGACACCCGUCUCUCGACCCGUGAGACGCGAAAGCCGCGCCGAGGAUAGUCCACAAUCGCUCGUGAUUCGGGGUAGAUCGCGAUCCCACAAGAGAAGCCAAGCGCGAGUGCGAGAUUCGUGUGGCCAAAAAAUUUCCUUCGCGAUCCUCACUCGCGCGGGGGAGAUCACUCGCGUCUUUCUUUUUCACUCCCCGGGAAGGCGGCGGUUGACGAUAUUCGUCGCAAGGUCGCUCGACAAAUAUGAUUCGCGUGGACGAGUCGGAUCCAGUGGGAGAGAUCGAGCCCAGCUUCCCCUAUCGAGACGUGACGAUACGUCAAGGAGUCGAGUUCAAGGACGAUUAUGACAUCCAGGCGGAGCUCGGGCGAGGAAAAUUCGGCAUCGUCUAUCGAUGCAAGGAAAAAUUGAGCGGCUUGAUGCUCGCUGCGAAGGUGGUGAACAUCGGAAAGAAGGAGGACAGACGGACGGUGCAGAGAGAAGUCGAAAUCAUGCGGCGCCUACAGCAUCCACGAUUGAUUCAACUGUACGACGCUAUUGAUACGGGGAAACAGAUAUACGUUGUUUUAGAAUUGAUCGACGGCGGCGAGCUCUUCGAAAGAGUGAUAGACGAUGAUUUCGUACUCACGGAACGCAGCUGCGCCGUUUUUAUGCGUCAAAUAUGCGAGGGAAUUGAAUUUAUGCAUAGUCAGAAAAUCUUGCAUCUCGAUUUAAAACCUGAGAAUAUCCUGUGCCUGACGAAGGAAGGUAAUAGAAUUAAAAUCAUAGAUUUCGGUUUAGCGAGGGAAUACGAUCCGAAUAAGAAGUUGCAAGUGUUAUUUGGUACACCCGAGUUUGUUGCUCCAGAAGUCGUAAAUUUCGAUCAGAUUGGAUUUGGUACUGACAUGUGGAGUAUAGGUGUUAUUUGUUACGUCUUGUUGUCCGGUUUAUCUCCGUUUAUGGGCGAUACGGAUAUAGAAACAAUGGCUAACGUCACUAUCGCGAAAUAUGACUUUGAUCAUGAAGCCUUUGCCGAGAUUUCCGAGGACGCGAAAGAUUUUAUUAGGUGUCUUCUGGUGAAAGACAAGGAAAAGCGAAUGACGGCGGCGCAAUGUCGGGAGCAUCGCUGGCUGGCAAGAAAAACGAAUAAAACCAGGACCGAGAAGGAAGUCGCAGAAUUGACGGCGGCCAAACGGAUGGCCUUUAUUGAAACUCCUAUUGUAGGUGUCAUCCGUGACGAGGACGGUAGAGAGGAGUUAGACGUGACCAAGGACAAUCUUAGAUUAUUUGUCGAGCGUUGGCGAGAACAUCCGGACAGCCCAUACACAAUUGAUUCUUAUCACUCAGCAUUACCGAAAAAUUCGCGAUCCUUUGAUCACGAUGAAUCGGUGUCCCUGCGAGGUCACAGUCCCUCUCCCUGCGACAGUCUUCGCAGCAGUAGCACGCAAUCGGAAAAGGUGGUAGACUCCAGAGAUAAUUAUUCCACUCGUCUGUUAUCCGUGCCAAGUUUUAAUUUGUCUUUGGAAAGGAGAGCUUCUGAAGGUACAGCGGCGCGAAACCGUCGCGAUCCUGCCAGCCAGAUCGCUCUGGCCGAGGAGAUUAUAAAACUUUCCGAACACUUGCGUUCGAUCGCCAUGGGUUCGUGCGGGAACGAGGAUGAUAAUGGACACGUAACGGAAGUGCAGCGUUCCAUUAAGAGGACCAAUAAUAACCGUGGAAAUAAUCGUGAUACGUACUCAAAGAGCAAUGUAACGGUGACCAUGUCUAGCAACGAUAAAGAGACCAACGAGAUCACGGAAAAAUUAUCCAACAUUGUUCGACAACGAAAGCUCAACGGGACGACCUUUCACAGUAGCCGUAGCUUUGAUAAAUACGACACAAAUCCUGAAAAUGUCUUUGCAGUUCUGAGGAGAACGAGUAUCAGCGAUAGUGAGAUGUCCGAGAGACGCAAACAAGAUCGAAAGUAUUCCUUUGAGCGAACAACCACUAAAGCGGUCGAGGAAAAGUUUAAUGCGAAAAUGAUUGGCAGGAAAAUGUCCUUCCAGACAUCUUCCAUUAAUAAGGAUGAUAAGGAGAUGGACUUGACACCUCCGUGGCGACGAUCACGUGUAAAGAAAUCUUUCGGCGAGACUAGUAGGGAUGUACCAAGGAUAUCGAAUUUGCGGGAUUUGCAUAAGAAUCUCAACCUCGACGAGCCUGGGAGCGCCAAAGAUCUGUUGUUACAACUGUUGGGCGAAUGGGAGGACGUCACCGCAACAUCCUGCGAUGGCGGCGCCGGCAGAAAGUCCAUAAGUCUGAACUGGUGUACGGCCGACACAAUUGCCAGGAAGACAAUGAAUUCGUUGGCCGAGUACUUCCAGUCGAAGCAGCAGAAAGCGAAGUCUCCCGAUGUCGCGUCGUCUACGUCGCCGUCGAUAUAUCAUUGAAUGUUGUACCUGUUACAAAUUUCGCGUUAUAGAUAUUGUACAAUUUUCUUUUCUCUUUGGUCGUAAACCUUCGAAGCUGCUGAAAUAAUUUGAUACUCGAGAUGAAAUAUAUAUAAUAUAUGUAUAAUACCUGGGACAGUAAUAAUAUAGCCAAAAGUAAACAAAUCUUAAAGAAUUGAAAAAUUUGAUAAGGAAUUAAUUUUGUGAAAUUCGGAAAUAUUUUAUAAUUGUUGAAUAUCUUUCUGUAUGUCCUCCUAUUUCUAUUUAUCUUAAUUUUAAUUGACAAUUGCAGAAAUUUACAUAAGUAAAUUUUAUAUUGCAACUAAAUAAAGAUAUCGAGAAAUUUUAUAAACAAUUUAUUUAAAAAAAUUAGAUGUUUAAUUUUACACAAAAAUCUUUUUUUUUAACUUAUUUGCUUAAGAUUCAUUAAUCUUUUAAAAAUAUCAAGCAAUAAGUUUGGCAAACAAGCAUGUUUUGUUAAUCUUUGUUUAAAUAAAUAAACUUUUAAGACUUUGUGCGUACGUAUGUAUAUAUGUGUGUAGGUGCGUGCAUGUACUGUCUUACUGAGUGAUUGAACUGUAAACAAAUGCAGUGAAUAAACGGGGUCUUAAGAAAAUUACAAAAGAAAGAGAUAAAUGUUUUUUAAAUGUAUUAAAAAUAAUGAUAUAUGUGUGUGUGUGCGAAUAAUAUAGAGUAGGGAAACUUUUGAACACGCGCCCGGUUCAAUUCUAAGUUUAUCCAUCAUAAUUUAAAUUUGUUGGUCUUGCAUUUAUUUCUCGCAAAUUUGUUUACUUGAUUGAGCAAUGAGAUAAAUUCUUGUAAUUUUAUGACAUUUCAUGUGUUAUGAAACUUUGAUAUGUGUAUAAAUUAUGAAAAAUAUGGACUAUAAGAUUCUCUUUUUUAUUAAAUGUUCGAAUACACUUUUAGAAACAGAUACGACCUUAAUGGAUUCAUAUGUCAAACGGAGAGUUAAAUAUCACUAAUAAGCCUCGUUAUAUGAAUGCGCUAUUGAAUUGAAAAGCCCAUAUAAAUCGUUAAUAAAAUCUAUACGAUUAUAAUUUGUAGCUGGAAUAUCUAAAAAAAUUUGAGAGUUCUAUUAUGCACCAUCGACACAUCCUCAUAAAACAAUAUUUUUGUAUAUCGAUACAAAUAAUUUAUACUUUUCAUCGAAAUGCUUACAAAAUGAUUUAAUUUCCUUCAAAUUAAUAUUGUAUCUUAAUGCUUCUAACAACACAAAGUAGUGCAAAGCUUCUCUUAUUGAUUCUAAAUUUUAACAUUCUGUAAAAA